GAGAGAGAAGCAGUCCGCCAUUUUGUGAAAGAGCAGAAACGAAGCAGAUCACAUGUAAUAAUAAGACUAAGAAGUGUCAUUCGCAACUAGAUGUUUAUAAAACCAUCAUUCCACAUGGGUUUGGUACACUCAUAAAGAAUGAUGGAGAAGAUGAGAACCUUUUAAAGGCUCUGCAGUUCCAGUGUUGAAGCUAAAGUAAAAGCUUGUAUCAAGAUAAAUGUUUUUGUUGACCAGACACCUAGGGCUUUUACUGCACGAUUGACAGACUUUUCUGUUGCCCGAGUUGUUUGUGAAUUGUUCUGACAGUAAACACUAGGGGGCUACACCAGAUUACAGUUUCGGGGCUGUUUAUACAAGAGUUUUUUCACUAAGAUGUGCUUUGGCUACGGAAAUGGGAUUUUGGUUGACUGAAACAUAAAGCAUCCCUUUGCACCAAUCCCCCCCCAAAAAAAAUAAAGACAUAUAAUCUUAAUCUUGGGAUUUUUGUUAAACCAAAAACAUAUUCAGUUAUACAAUAAUGGAAGAUCUAUUCAUUUGGUUGGUGGGCUUAUUUUUCUGAUGUUUGAUUGCAUACAUUUAUGAUAAAUUUCUGUAUUUCAUAAAAUGCCACAAAAUCUGUGCCCCCCCUGGAACCAUCUUGGGACCCCCAGUUUGACAACCACUGACCUACGGUACCACAGAUGAUGCUGACAGCCGUCAAGAUUUUCUCAGAAAUUCAGGCCUACUUAUACAGAGGACACUGCACGGCAAAAACCACCUGCAUACCAGAUAAGGAGACACUCCCCCUUAUCAAGACACAAACAGAAGCUUUGAGCUAAAGAGAUCACUCCAAAGCUGAACACCGCUCUGAAAGGAAAUGGUUUCAGUUUAACCCUUAAACUGCAUUCUUUUUUGGCCAAUUAACCUAAAAACAAGUUAUAAUCAUAACUUGAAGUCUAAAAGGUAAAAAAUAAUCAAUAUCAAUCAUUUUGAAAGCACCUCUCACAGUUUUAGUGAUAAUAAUUGUUACAGUGAGAUAUUUAUCGGUUUGCUUUGUCAGAUGUAGUACAAGUCGAAUAAACCCCUCAACUGAUGCUUACACGUGAUAUGAAAGGAAAAUCUGUCCAUUUACAGGACAUGUAGAAGAGAAGUGCAUGGCCUGGCCACCCAAGCUUUAAAAAAAGACAAUUCAUUAUUUUCUUUUACGAUUAAGUGGGGGUGUUAGAUAUAUAUUAUCAUAUAUAUUCAAUUAUUCUGUUAUAUUCUAAACAGUCUUCUACAGCAAGAUAAAUGUGCAGCAAUCGCUGUUAAGACAAGAGUGCGUUCAGUUCAUUCUCAGCUUUAUUUUGACAAAAAAAAAACUUUUUUAUCAGGCGAGAUAACCUUGAAGACAGGAAAUCAGUGGUUUCUGAGGAAAGGAGGGCAUUGAGCAAUUUAUGUUCCCAGAAAAAGAACGUACAUAGAGUGUAUUUCAUCAUUUCACUUAAAAAGGAACAUCUAAUAAGACCAACAGCGCAAGAUCUUGAACCGGACUUAAAACUUGGAUCUGUAGGAUUGACCUAUUGACAUUGUACAAUGGGGAGAUACAAAAAAGCCACAAAGCUUGUAAGAGCAGAUCUGUGGGCAAAAGCAGGAGGAAUAGAUGCUGUCGCAAAUGAACUCCGUAAAAAUUAUGUUUUUAAUAAAAACCCUGGAUAUUCUUCAGAAAUCUGGUCCCAGGUGUCCUUGGCUUUAUUUGGUGAAGACAUCAAGAAAAACCGUUGCUGGUUAUGGGCGGCCUGGACCAAAAACCACAAGGGCUUGAGAGACAGAGUACAUCUUGGCACAAAAGAAAGCAAUGUGAUGACUGCAGUUGUGCCAGAAAAUAGGACAGAGGGAACUGAGUCAGAAGAUAAAGAAACAAGUUCCAGUAAGGAAGUGGCAGAUGUGACAACUCGGAACGAAAAGAAGAUAGACGCGAUGGAUGUGGAGUCAAACACAGACUCGGACGCAUCGGACCUGGAGCAAAGCACUGACUCAGAGCAGCCUAAGAGUCGACAUGAUGUCAUGAUGGUACAGGAAAGAGAGUCUGGACUUGAUAUUUGGAGGCAAUGUCCAAAGGUGAGAAAAACAUUUUAUAUCAACAUGGAGAGAAAAAGGUGGAAUAAGAUCAAACCACACAAAGGGUCCUCAAAAUUAAGACAACAUUGGACGAACUAUAUGUACGACAGCUUCAAAGAAAAAAAUCCAUGCUGCAUUCUCGCGUUCAGAUAUCAACAUAUCAAAUCUCCCCAGAGCAGAAAAGUAAAUCUUCCCUAUUUACGCGUUUCAGCAGCCUGCACAUUCCCUUCUUGCACAGCCAAGUACUCUUUCAAAUUGCAAGAAAAGCCUGCAAAACUAGACAAAACGCUGAAAAUUUCAGUCCAUCAAACGGGAGAAAUACAUCACAAACUUUCCGAUAAAAAGUGCAGGCCGGCAACUCAACUCAAAAGAGGAAAAAUAGCAAAGGCAUUAACGAACGGACCCAGCGAUUAUUUUUACACCAAACUUCAAACUACACCAAAGGAGCAACUCUUGGCUGGAAACAUGUCCGAGUGUCUCAAUAAAGAUGUGUUGAAAGUAAUCAGCUAUGAAAUGAGGAAGAAAGAAUACAUCCAUCCUGACAUCCUGAAGGAAAUAUCCUUAAUGCAAACAAUACUCAAGGAGUGUGAUGCCAAAUAUUUUACCCUACCAGGCUACGUACAGCAUUUUACCGUGAAUCCGUUCAUGGUCCACAUGUACAGCGAGCUCGGCAUCAGCAUUCUUGUGCAUCAUUUGAGAACUCGCGUUCCUUUGUCUCUCUAUCUUGACGCCACCGGAGGAGUCGUGUCAAAAAUACCAGACCAGCCCAAGUGUGUGCUCUACUAUGCUCUCAUUCUUUCAGGAAAGGGUCAAAAUACACCACCUCUUCCCGUCUGUGAGAUGCUAUCCAAUGAUCACUCCAUACCACCCAUCACAUUUUGGCUCAUGCAAUUCGCAUUGCAUUUGACGAAAUACACACACCUGACCAUUAACAAGGUGGAGACCGAUUACAGCUGGGCUUUAAUACAAAGUGUGAUGCUCGCUUUCAACAAAGAGCACAUCAUCUCCUAUCUCAACAGAGCGUACGAGUGCUGCACAGGCAAAAAAACAUGGGAUGACAGCAAGACUGUCCUGCACAUUUGCGCUACACAUGUUUUGAAAGCCGUCCGACAGUCUAUAAAAAAGCAAACGGAUGACGAAGGACUGAAAGACUUUGCCCUGUUUGCGUUCGCAAGACUCCAAAAUGCCAGCGGCAUGACUGAAUCGAGUACUGUGUUCAGGGCGUUUUGUACUUUGCUCACGACCCCGCAAAACACAGAACGCGUCAAAGAAAGUAGGAAUCUUCUGGAGAGUAUAAUUCUGAGAUUCAAACAGGACACACCGGAAGAAACUAUCCAAUCUGAAGACUGGGAAACAUGGAUAAGGGAACAAAGAAACCAUGAGAAGAGCAUCACGGGCAGCUCACCAUUCUUUGCCUAUUUUCAGCAGAUCUUGAAAGAGGUGACGGAACAUGCAACAGAUGAGACGUGUUCAACAGACGAGGACAACCCGUACUUUUGUCCAGGCAUCCUCCAAGUUCUCUUUAAUACCUACCUUGCCAUUUUUCCUCUCUGGAGUGGCUUGCUGUUGGGAGACCUGAGGAGGCAUGAGUCGCAUGAACAGGACAAUUUGACGGCAAACACAUCACAACAAACAAGAGACACCAACUGUCACAUAGAAAAUUGGUUUCGAAUUGUUAAACACUCCAUAUUGCAUAGCAAGAAAAAACUCAGACCGGGAAUGUUCAUAAGAAAAAUGCAUCGGUCUAUGCAGGGAAGAUAUACGGAGCACAUCAUUCAGCAUAACCUCUCUCAAGAGCUGUUGCUCAAACCUCUGGCACCUAUGAACCUUCUCGAUCAGUCUAAAGAAACUUGGAUGAGGAAGGACCAAGAACGCCGGCCAGUCACCAAAUCCAAAUUCUUCUCUGUCCCAGAAAGUGUCCCUGUUCCACAGAAAGAUCGGAUCUACAAGAAUGUGACAAAGCGCAAGAAAAGAUCUUGACUCCUCAUGUAGAUGAGAAGGUUGAGAUGCUGUCGACAAAACUGCUCAAAGCCGUUCCCCAGCCAGAAACUGGAGUACCUUUUACAUCACAGGGAAUUUCAAACGCUGAAGCCGCGUGACUGCUUAUUUGGAGCGGAACAUAUAUCAUAACAAAAAUAUACAUGUAAAAUUGUUCAGUUAUUUGUGUUGUUAAUAGUAUGCUACACUAUGUAGUCCAAAUUGAAUAAGGUUAGCCAAAAAAGGGUUAUUUUGUUGGCUUGACUUAUGUUAACGUUUGUUUAAAAUUUGCCCAACUUGGAUCCUGUGUAGUCUGAAAAAAAACUUCCCAGCAUGCAUUGUGGCAUGUUCAAUUUGGCUGUUAAUAUUAAAAAAGGUUAGCGUUAAAAAGGAUCUUCAGAUCUGAGUUUCUUAAAAGCAACCUGUGUGUCUGUGUAAAUAUAUUUAUUAUCUGAGUGAGCACUAAAAAUCUGACUUCACAGUACAACGAUUUUCAUUUUCAGUACAUACAUUGUAUUUAUCUAAUCUACAGUAUGUGUUGUGUUUUUAUACACUGUUAAAAGUAUAGGGAUUUAACGAUUCACUGGGCCAGUUGAAAAUCAAUUGUAGUAUAUGAUGAUUCAAGUCGGUUGAUAUGUUAAAUUAAUCACAAUACAUGUUUUGAACAGCAGGGGACACUGUUUGCUGCAAACUGGAAAACUUGAAUAGGCUGAUAUUUCUUAGAGUACAUAACUAGGGAUUUUUAAGGUCCUACUUUGGUCUAUGGAGUGUCCAACAACAAGUUUAUGUACAUAGGUGUAAAAACACUAUUAUUUCUUAAUAAUAGGCAAUUAUUCUUACCUUACUUCUUGACUGACUCUCAAAUGAUUCGUUCCACAAUUCAUCUGUCUAAUCCCCUUCUUUCCGCUAGCCUAGUUUGAUGUGAUUGGUCAGAUGGUCUAGACUGCUGUGAUUGGUCUACCGCGAAUGAGGCUCUCUAGCUACAGUGUUUGGGGGAGAAGAGUGAAGUUUUCACGGGCAGUCCUAGCAAAACGUAGGCGGGGUCUAUGUGUAGUUACGUAAAUCCGCGGCGGUUCGCGAAUCGGACUAGGGACGACUCGUUUGCGUGAUUCAUAGUCGACUCCCUUUUUUCCAAGCCAAUAACUUUGGUAUUCAUCCACCUUGGGAUUUACAACUUGGCAGACUGCUUACUUUCAAACACGCCAACAUUACACACUGCAUGAAAUGUAAUUUUCAUGAUCUCAUGUUAUGUACUCGUUAAAUGUAAAAAAGCAGACAGAGUCUUUGUUUGUUAAUAUUAAAGAAACUGUUGUAUUCUUCAUGUUUAUUUGAUUUGGAAUUUGUUUUAAAAUGGCAAAUUGUUUUGUUAUAAUAAAAAGGGUAGUUGUUCAUUUCUAGUUUGUCACAACUCACUUUGUAAAAAUACAUCAUACCUUGAGAUCAGUAUCGUGCAUCGCAUUGUUAGAAGUGUAAUUUUACUGUUUUAAUUUACACAAUUUUCUGUAUUUUUGAAAUGCAGCAAAAAAUGUCAAAUUACAGAAAACUGCACAUUUAAAAGUCGGGUGUAAAAAAACAUAAAAACAAACAUGUAAUUCUACUUUACAAAAAAAAAUGCCUUAGUCUUAUGCUGUGUGCUGAAUUUUGUUGUCAUGUUGUGAAAUGUUGUGAAACUGUAAAUUUCCACUAUAUUUGCCUAUAGUAGCCUAACACCUGUUAGUUCAGUUUCUUGUGAGAUGAAGUUAGACUGAUCAUCACAACACAAACUGAGAUUACUGUAUACAUUAAACUCUGCUCAUUUUAUUAUAUAA